AUGUCCUCCUCAAGUUAUUGUCCAGGCCUCCAAUCAUGCCUAGAGCCGGUCUACCUCGUCGAACCACGUGUUUUGAGGCUCAAAUUGGCUCCAUCCAAAUCCAACAUUUCUCGCUCUUCAACAAUUUGCAAGCCUUUUGUCACUAACUCAGACCGUGACUUGGAAAACAACAAAAAUGCUGACACGGGUGGCUGGAGUUUCCUCCAGUCUAUUGCUAACAAUACCUCUCAAACCACCACAGAAAAGAACGACAAAGUCUAUGUCCCUCCAAAUUUUAAGAGCUCUUCUUCUAUGCUCAGCGAAAAGAGCUUAGAAAUGUGCACCGAGGGCCUGGGGAGUGAAACUGGUAGCGAGGGGAGCGAAAGCAGAGAUGGGAUGGCUUUCCUGUCAUUAGAAAACGUGGAUCAUGAGACUAGGGCAGCACCAAAAUUGCGCGAAACAAGAACAACGAGUCGAAGUGUUAGCUUCCCACCUCCUUUGAGCUCGAUUAGUGGCUCCAACAAUGUUCGAGUGAGGCCUCACCGAGAAGGUGGAAGGCUAGUCUUGGAAGCAGUAACCGUCUCUUCUUGCCACGUUCAUUUACAUGCAGAGAGAACCGAUGGCCGGCUUCGGCUACAUUUGAUGAAGGACAGCUCUCCUAAUAACUUCGACAAUGAAGUGCAAGAAGCAGAAGCAGAAUAUGGUGAGGAAGUUGUUGUUCAAGAUGACGAUGGUGAUGAUCAAAGUGGAGAUGAUGAAGCUGGUGGUGGUGGUGAUAUUUGCGGAGAGGAGUUGGAGGGUAUUAAUGGAAGUGUUGGGGGUGAAAUGGGGAUGGGGAAAUUAGCUAGACCAGGCAGGUGCAAGCAAAGUGGGAGUAGCAACGAAGGCUUACUUAAUUGGGAGCCAUUUUGGGUGGCCACUUAG